AUGUCACAAGUUCCUAUUAACGAUAAAGUUGGUUUUGGUACCAUGUCUUUAACAUGGAAGCCAACUCCUCCCCCACUUGAAGUUUCCGCUAAGUCAAUUGACUUCGUUACCAAGAAGUACGGUGUUAAAUUCCUUAACGGUGGUGAAUUCUAUGGUCUUGAUAACAUUAACUUGAAACUUUUUCAAGAAUUUUUUAAAGUAAGUCUGACUCCAACCAGUGAGUUGAUUGUUUCAAUUAAGGGGGGCUAUUCAGGCGUAAAGGUUGUCGGUACUAAAGAAGUUGUUUCAAAAUCUAUUGAAAAUAUAGUCUCUUACUUCCCACCUGUUGGGGAUAAAAAUAGACCAAAGAUCUUAUAUGAGCAGUCAAGGGUUGAUCCUGAGGUCCCAUAUGCCGAUACUAUCGGAUACAUUUAUGAAUACGUUAAGCUGGGACAGAUUGAUGGUAUCUCACUUUCUGAAACUAGCGCUGAAACUAUUGCAAUUGCUGCUGAUGAAGCUCCAAUAUCAGGUGUUGAAGUUGAAUUUUCUCUCAUAUCUCAAGAUAUCGUAUCUAAUGGUGUCUUGGCCGAAGCCACCAAGAGAGGUAUCCCAAUUAUUGCGUACUCUCCAUUGGGAAGAGGUCUACUUACCGACUACAUGGUUGAAAACAAUGCUAAAUUCUUAGACGAUAUUCCAAAGGGCGACAUGAGACACCGCUUUGACAGAUUUGCGCCAGAAAACUUCAAGCAUAACUUAAAAUUGAUCAAGAAGUUGUACGAUUUUGCUCAUGAGAAGAAGGGAAUCUCAUUAGAAGCAUUGGCUUUGUCAUGGAUAACCAGUGUCAGUGGAUCGACAGGAUUUGCCGGAUUUGGAAAGAUUGGCCAGAUUAUUCCAAUUCCAUCAGGCAGUACACCAGAAAAGAUCGAAAGUAACUUUGGACAUUUGAUCAAGCUUACAGAGGAAGAUUUGAAUGAAAUUCAGGCCAUUACUCUGGAGAACAACGUUCAAGGUUUGAGGUAUAAUGCCCAUAUGGAGAAGGAUUUAUUCCGCUAG